AUGGAUUUUCCCGGACCCGCGACCGUUAAUAAUAAGGCGAAAUUCUCCCAAUCAAGAGAACCUAAGAAGGAGAAAGAGGCACCGAAACAAGUGAGGACGACUCCCGGAUUCUUCUCUAGAAUGAUUCGCUUUUUGAUAAAGUUGAGUUUGAUGAGCGUUGUGCUCGCUAGUCUGGCUGCUACGGUCGGGAUCCUGCUGAACUGUGCCGAUGGCGGAACGAAGAUCCCUGGAAGCAAGCCUCUUUGUGCGGAUUUGACGAAAUUGGCCGAGUUCAAGAGUCCAUCUCCUCGAUUCUUCGCAAAUGUUCAAAAGACAUAUGGAACAGUGUUUAAUGGUUAUUAUGCACGCGUUGAACCUACAGUAUUGACUGUAAAGAAGAAAUGGAACGAUUUUCAUCGCGAGUUCGUCAAGUCUGAUAUUGGCCUCGUUAUUGACAGGUAUUACCACAAAGUCCACGCAUUCAUCGUUGACACUUCUUUGAAAUUCGUGCGAUUCGUGCAAACACAGCGAGUGGCACUUGCGAAGUGGUGGGAAAAAGAUGGACGUGAAUGGCUUGGAGGUAUCGUCGAUACGAUUCAUGUUACGGUCAGCGUGAUGGCAGAGAUCAUCAAGGAUAUGCUGGGAUUAACCUUUGAUAGCAUUUGCCAAGCCAUUCUACCAUCGAGUCGACCGGUAUUCGUAUAG